AAACUUAUACCCGUAGGUAUAAAACAAUAAUAUUUGAGCGGGCACCACCUGGCAUCGCCACCAGGCCGCCGGGUCCCUCGGCCCCCCAAUUCUCAGCUCGCCGCCUCCAGCCCCCAUCCCCCGCCGCGGGGCCGGGGCCGGGGCCGCCGCCGCUUGCACUGGGGCCGCCGGGCGAGCCGCUGCCGCCGCCGCUCAGGAUGUCCGGAAAGCCCAAAGUGUACCAAGGUGUCAGAGUGAAGAUCACUGUUAAGGAGUUACUGCAGCAGAGGAGGGCACGACAAGCAGCAACCGGCGCGGCGGUUUCCUGGGGCAGCAGCAGCAUCCAGUUUGCGGAGUCGGUGUCUCCUCCUCACCCAGCACCUUUUGAUGCAGAACCCAUCUCUUCAGCUCCCAACUAUUGCCCGUCAAGGCAGUUCUCAAACUGCCUCUCCUGCGAGGAGAGCCCCAGCCAUCUGGAGCAGCUGGUGGACUCCUACCUGCAAGCGGAGGCGGCCUUCGAGCCAUCCCUGGGCACCCUGCAGACACCAUCACAUUACAUCCCUGAUUCCUUCCAGCCGGUCCCUCUCUGCUUCAACCAGGGCUUGGCUGCAGCAUCCCCGAGCCCAGCUGAUCUGCCCAACGCGCUGCCCCACGGCUGCCCUGCUCCCCAGCUGCCCCCGUUCACCCCCCUGACCCACAGCCCACCUCCUGCCCUGGACCCCGCGCCCUACGGCUGCCCAGCAGAGGGCUGGCCCUGCCACCCCCCAUCCCCUUACACGCCCCUCGCCUGCUGCUGUGCCGCCUGCAGCCCCCCGCACACCGACCCCAAGGUCCCACAGCGCUUCCCCUGCCCUGGCACGGACUGCUCGGGCUGCCUGCCGCCCACCGACGACUUCUUCAGGCGGGACAGGAGCUGGGACAUCUGCUACAGCUAAUGGGGAGGGGGCUGCACGCUGCCUUCACGCGGGCAUCGUCGCCUGGGAACUGCACGUGGUUGCACCGCCUCCAACGUACUCAUCACUACUCACACACGGUGUUGUCACUACAUUCAUCCUCCCGUUUGCUGUGGUCGGGGGUAGCUUUUGUUGUUGGGUCUUUAUUUUAUUUCCUGGUUUUGUUUUUAAGAACUUCCCCCCCUCCCCCUCCCCCCCCCGCCUUACAAACCCAUGUCAUCAACGCCAGCUCUCUGUGUCACAAAUAAAUGACUCGGUGCUCA